GAACAUAGAGGAAUCCAACCAAUCAUUCCAUUCAAACCGGAGACGAUGGAAGACUUCGCCCAAAUCAUUUCUCCUGCUCACCCAUACUGCCGCCAGUUUCGACAGGUCUUCCCUAUCGCAGUCGACCCCCAGGCUGAUAUGGACAUAGCAUUCACGUUGGUGGUCCACGAUGAAAUGCCUCAGAUCGCUCGACUUCUUCGAAUGAUCUAUCGAAUUAACAACUACUACUGCAUUCACAUCGACAAGCGCUCAAGCAUCGAAUUCCAAUUGGCUAUGCGUGGAGUGGUUACAUGUUUUGGUGCCAAUGUAGAAUUGGUUCCAGAAGAAGAAAGAACUGCGAUGGAUUGGGACGACGAAAGUGCCCUGCUACCACAGGUCAUCUGUGCGAAACAGGCGCUGAGUCAUCAUGCCACUUGGAAGUACUUGAUUAAUUUGGAAGAACAGGAUUUUUCACUGCGAACCAACAUGGAACUGGUGCUGAAUAAGUUUACGAGGUGGAAGAAUAACAAGCUGUUGCCUCAAGGAGUGAGUGCCCGACUUAAGCAUUUUGCUUCCACUAACAUUUCGCUCAUGGUUUUCAGUAUGGUUGAAUACGUGAAACAAAACACGCAAUUGGUGAUCGUGCUUGUGCAAUACAUUGUGACUCCGGAAAUAAUAUACCACAACUUAAUUGUACAAGUGUGUCUUAUUGGCGAUCACAGACUUCCCUCUAUAUUGUAG